AUGGAUUUUGAUAGCCUCUGUUUCAACAUAGCAACUUUGAUUGCUGGGGUCUUUGUGCUUGACUAUGGAGCAGACAAAUUCCUUGACCACACGGUGAUCGUUGGAAAGCAGCUCGGCAUCUCGCCAACCCUUAUUGCUCUCCUAACAGCAGGAGCCGAGUACGAAGAGCUAGCUGUAGUUGUCGCAGCAGUUCUGCAACACCGCGGGCCCCUGGCCCUUGGAAACAUCAUGGGAUCGGCUAUCUCCAAUAUCCUCGGCGCAUUCUCACUGGGCCUUCUUUGUCAUCCUAGCGGCAUGGCAUUUGAUAGUAGCGCCAAUAUGUAUUCCGCGCUCUUGCUUUCUGUCACUACUUUAUUCGUGACAUUGGCGUUUUUCAACCAGCUGAAUCAAGCCACUGGCUGGAUGUUCAUUGCCGCGUUCACAAUAUACCUUGUCUCCAUCGCUUACGCCAUCUAUAAUGGCAUCGCGGAGGCCCCUGAAUUAUCGGAUAGUGAUAGCGGCAGUGACAGUGACGAUGAAGAAAAUCAAGAUACUAGGGCGCCAGCUGCAGAGACUUCGCCGCUGUUGAGAAAUGUGAAUACCCAACAGGAGGGCGAGAACAGAAAACCGCCACGACCGCUCUAUCAACAUAUCAUCCAACUUCUCGUUGGCCUUCUUGCGCUCUCUCUAUCGGGAUAUAUUCUAGCCCACAGUGCUGGUUCCAUUGCGGACUCCCUUCACCUUUCGGGUACUGUCUUCGGCUUGACGGUGAUUGCUUUUGCUACGACCUUGCCAGAGAAGCUGCUUUCUGUCCUGGGCGGUCUUCGUGGACAGGGCGGGAUUCUCGUUGCAACGACGGCGGGGAGUAAUAUCUUUCUUCUCACGCUUUGUGUUGGAGUUGUUGGUGUUGCAGGGAUUCCUGUUGAGGGGGAAGAUAGCUUCGUUCUUUUUGAUCUGGUGGUGGUCUGGGCGUCUGCGCUGUGUUUCACGGUGGUUUGUUUUGUUGGUCCGAGUCGGAUUGCUGGGCUGAUACUUCUGGCUGCAUAUAUUGGAUUCUUGGUUCUUGAGUUCACUGUUUACAAACGUUGA